AUGCUUAACCGUGAAGAAUACGAGAAAAUUUUCACACCUUGCCUUGGUCCUAAACCGGACGGGUUUGUCUCGGAAGCUUCUAAAGAAGUUGGAAUGGUUAUCAUCAAUAACUUAGCCCUAGUCGAAACCUUAAUGGACUCGGAACGAUGCGCCGAGAUGUUUCCAUGUAUGAUCGCAAGAAAUUCGACUAGUGAAACAAUCUCUAGUGGUAUGGGAGGGACAAGAAACGGUGCUCUUUAUUUGAUGCAAGCAGAGCUUCAGUUGCUAUCACCUCUUGUGCCGGUUCGUCAAGUGACUUUCUUGAGGUUUUGUAAGCAACAUGCAGAAGGUGUUUGGGCGGUUGUGGAUGUCUAUGUUGAUAGAAUUAGCGACCGAGGCGGCUCGGCCUCUGCUCAGACGUCUCUGAGCUGUAGAAGUCUACCAUCUGGUUGCCUUGUGCAAGACAUGCCAAAUGGCUACUCUAUAAGCCAUAAGCUCCAUAGGAAAGAAAAGCAUGUUGAAGCUAGCACAAAGAAUGACUCAAAAGUUCUGAAGAGGCACGAGAGGAUCAUGACUCGAAAGAACAUGGAUGAUUCCGGCGAACCACCGGGGAUUCUCCUAAGUGCAGCCACAUCCGUGUGGAUACCAGUUCCACCGCGACGGCUCUUUGACUUUCUGAGAGAUGUGCUUUUGAGAUCGGAGUGGGACAUUUUAUCCAACGGUGGACCAAUGCAGGAGAUUGCUAACAUCUUCAAGGGCCAAGAUCAAUCCAACUCCGUCUCCUUACUCCGAUCCACCAGUAGUAUGUUGAUACUACAAGAGACGAGCAUAGACGCACCUGUAGAUAUCCCUGCGAUGCAUGCUGUGAUGAAGGGUGCAGAUUCGGCUUACGUGGCUUUGCUUCCUUCUGGGUUUGGUAUUCUCCCAGAUGGUCAAGGGAUGGAGGAAACCGGUUCGCUUCUCACUGUGACCUUUCAGAUUUUGGUUAACUCUCUUCCUACGACUAAGCUCAACGUGGAAUCAAUCGAGACCGUUAACAAUCUGAUAUCAUGCACCGUUCAGAAAAUCAUAGCCGCUCUUAGAUGUGAUAAAUAA